AUUAGUUAAAGCUUUGCCGUCGAUAAAGAAACAUGUUUUCCUUAAUUUUAUCAUUUCUUAUUUCUGCUAGUGUUGUAGUGGUGUUUAGAUAUAUUAAUACGAAAUAUAAGCCGCCUGUGCUUGGGAUAUAUCAGCAGGAAAACAAAAAUUUCUGGCCUAAAUUUCUGUUUAUGUACGUCGUUUUAAAGUUGAAGCAGUUGAAAACCUAUGUGUCGCGUCUUGCAUCGGAAUAUGGUACCGGUGGGACCAUACACGUCCAAGAGCAUGAUUUGGAGCUUGAACAGAAGUUCAAUCUUGGCAGUUUCCCUAAGUCAGUAGAUGCAGUGUACUUCAACGGGCUAUCAAAGGAGGGUGACCGCGUGGUGUGUGGAGUAGCGAGAAGGCCGAAUCAGGCCUGUGAUGCCUUCCUCUACUUGAAGGUGAAAGAUGGUGAGCUUCUCCUGUCUCCGCAGCUGCCGGACUCAUACCUGUCCCAGACGCCAGAAGACGGUGAUGAUUACAAGGUGCAGGGCAUCUCGGCACAGAACUUCAUCCCUAUGCGCACUUGGAAGGUCUCUUAUAAUGGGAAGAUGAAGUCUCGCGACAAUCCUGACAAGACAGUGAGCGUGGUAUCGGAUCUGACUUGGUCGGCGGGCUGGGCGCCAUUCGAGUACGACACUCAGAUCUCCGCGCGCAGCACGGCGCGGGACAUGGCGAGGGAGCCGUGGUCGCGGGACUACUUCCAGCUGUUGCAGAAAUUGCACCAGAAACAUUACGAGCAAAUGGGAUUCAUAGCUGGCACCGUCACCAUUGAUGGGAAAUCCCAUGAGAUUCAUAUACCUUGUGUAAGAGAUAGAACUUGUGCAACAAUUCGUGAAUGGCGCAACUUCCACAGAUACGUGCUGCAUUUCAUAUUCCUGGAGAACGGGGACUGUAUGGCUGUUGGUAGUGUGUCCCAGCCCUCUAUAUUGUCACACUUAACCAUAGGCUACGUGUGCCGCAAGGACCAGACCGUGUGUGCAGUAGACAGCUGCGACUUCCAGCUAUACCAGCACGGCGAGCAUCAGAUACUGCCCAAGGACUACGGCUUUACCUUUGAAGCUGGUGGCGAGUCCUACGUAGCUCAAGUACAAGUUUUCGAUGAAGACUAUUUCUAUAUCGGCAAAGAGAGAGACACCAAGAUAUACGAGAGAUGGAGCGACGUCAUUAUAAACGGAGUAAAGGGGGUUUCCUGCGUGGAAUGGCAGUAUAAUAAUGUUUAAGUAAUUGUAAUUUUGU